UGACAUGGCCAUCAGUUUCCAGCUAGAAUGGUAAACUGGUAGUGAAGGAGAACACAGUCGACUGCAGAAGGAAGCACUUACUACACACACUACUAUUGAGGAAUUCUGCUUUGAAUUGCCACCUGAGGAUUGAUCAUAUUGAGCAAGUUACGCUUUACAUCGGAUAAUGACGUCUAGGGAAGAGCACCUCAGAUCGACAGGCAACACGGUGGAUAUCGGAGAGGGCAUGGAGUUGCGGCUCAAGCCACAAAACCCUACCUUUAGUUUCCCCGACCAAGGAAAUAAAAAGGAAGGUGAUGAUGUGCAUCCAGAAAAGCCAUUGAGCGAAGAUGACGUUCAAAAGAAGCAUUUGCGUGAAGAACCGGAUGACAAGCAAGAGCAAGCACAUGACUCAGAAGAGGCCGAGGAGGAUAGAAAACAAGAGGUACCCGGCGGUAGUGACGAAAUGAGGCGAAGUUCCAACUCAAAUGCGAAAAAGCCCAAACCUGAUCCCGUGUCAAGUCUAGAUGCCAGAAGUCUACUUAAAAACAUACACCAUAUGAAGUCACUUUCGGAGAUAGAUGGCACGAUGUCCCUGUCAAUAUUGUCAUUGCUAGUGGAUGAACUCAUCUGGUUGACCGAGAUGCUGGAUAAGGGCGUGAUCAAUGAUAAGGACAUAACAGAGAACAUUUUUGGCGACAGAGUGUUUGACUGUGUCUUGGACCAUUUCGGGGAAGGUUCCGUUCAGGGUAACCAAGAAAAGGGAGAUGGCGAAGUGAGCGGAGAUGCACAUGAUUCAGAGAACAGUGAGGGGACACAGAGUCAAGAGAAAGAAAAGACAGGACGGUUUAUAGAAAGUGUAUUGAAUGAGAUCCUGGGAGAAAAGUUGAACCACAUAGACAAGAAACGAUUAGAACUAAUUUCCAAAUCCCAGGAAGAGCUCGGAAUAUCGUUCAGAAAAAGCUCUAAAAUACUAACCAACUUUGAGAUGAGCAGUAAACCAUCGCUUUCAGCUACAGACCUCAGAGUUUAUGUUGGAAAGAACAUCGGCGAGUACGAAAAGUGUUCGACAGAUAGCGAUACCUUGGCCUGGAUAUCCAACAAGUUCUACUUGAAAUCGGCACCGAAGAUGGAACUGAGCUCUUACAUCGAUCGAAUCAACUCCCAUUUGGAAAUUAGCGGGGCGGUUGGUUUAUGUGCAGGAUGGUAUCUAUUCAAAUUUCUGUUCAACAUAAAAUGUGUCGAGAAAUUGAGCGACGGUAUCACUUGUGCUCAGAACUCCAUUGCCAUUGAUGCUGAUACCGAAUGGGAGAGCAGAUGUUUACCUCUAGUUCUGGGAGAUUCUUUUAGUUCCGUUUUUGGUGGAGAAGGAAGCCACUCGCUCAGUGACGAUAUGAAGGUUGAUGGCGAACCCAACACGGGGUCGGGCAAUGAAAUAAGCGCACUCCCCAUGGACAACUCGUUCAGUUCGUGCAGCUCAGUGGUAAAUGAGGACGACUCACUAUUAACUCCCAACGGAGAACUAAGGGAUGGUAACUCGGAGGUCCACAUGUCCAAGAUAAGCAAGCUGAAUGCGUUUCGUUUGAUCCUCACCUGUGUGAGAAUAUCAAGUAAGUUAAUAGAGGACAAGAAUUUUAAACAGCAUUAUUACUGCAAGGUUACGGGGCUGCAGAAACUGGAGGACUUGUUUCGCUUGGAGCUGGCGUUGGGUUAUGGGCUAGACUGGGAGCUUUUCAUUAACGAGUAUACUCUCUGGAGAUACCUUUUCCAUAUGAAGGCGCUUGUAAUGGGAUGCGAGAGACUCAGAAAGAAGAUAGCCGUAGAUCAGUCUUAGUGUCAUCAUUACUUGGGGGGGGGGG